AUGGCCGAUCAACUCAACAUGUCUGGCCUGAACAUUCAGGACCAGCAGAACCAGCCUCGUUCCUACAUCCCUCCCCACAUGCGUGGUAAGAUCAACGGUGGCGGCGGUGGUGGAGGUCCCCCUCCUGCUGGCCCUCCUCCCAUGAACGGCGGUCUGAACAACAGCGCUUGGGCUGGGAACCAGAACUUCGACGCUCGUCAGGGCGGUGGCGACUGGCCCGCCAUGGGCGGUCCCGGUGGUCCUGGCGGUCCUCCCGCUGCUGGACCCCCUCCUCAGCAGCAGCCCUACCAGCCUCGCGGAGGCCGCAACUGGGGCGGUGAGGGUGGCCGUGGAGGCUACAGCGGCGGUGGUGGCUACGGUCACAACGCCGGCGGCGGCGGUGGCCAGCAGGCUCGCGGAUCCGGUGAUGGCCAGUGGCGCGACGGCAAGCACAUUCCCGGCCCCGCCAACCCCCGUGUUGAGCGCGAGCUCUUCGGAACUGCCGACGACCCGUCCAAGCAGCACACCGGUAUCAACUUCGAGAAGUACGACGACAUUCCCGUCGAGGCCUCCGGACACGAUGUCCCUGAGCCCGUCCUGACUUUCUCCAACCCCCCUCUCGACAACCACCUUAUCGGCAACAUCGAGAUGGCCCGCUACAAGAUGCCCACCCCCGUCCAGAAGUACUCCAUCCCCAUCGUCAUGGGUGGCCGUGACCUCAUGGCUUGUGCCCAGACUGGUUCCGGAAAGACUGGCGGUUUCCUCUUCCCCAUCCUCUCCCAGGCUUUCAUCCACGGCCCCUCUGCCAUCCCCGCCAACGCCGCUGGCGGUUUCGGUCGUCAGCGCAAGGCUUACCCCACCUCUCUGAUUCUCGCCCCCACUCGUGAGCUUGUCUCUCAGAUCUACGAUGAGUCUCGCAAGUUUGCCUACCGUUCCUGGGUUCGCCCUUGCGUCGUCUACGGUGGUGCCGACAUUGGCUCCCAGCUCCGCCAGAUCGAGCGCGGCUGUGACCUGCUCGUCGCCACCCCCGGUCGUCUCGUCGACCUUAUCGAGCGUGGUCGCAUCUCCCUGCAGAACAUUAAGUAUCUUGUGCUGGACGAGGCCGAUCGCAUGCUUGACAUGGGUUUCGAGCCCCAGAUCCGUCGCAUUGUCGAGGGUGAGGACAUGCCCAACGUCCAGAACCGCCAGACUCUCAUGUUCUCGGCCACCUUCCCCCGCGACAUUCAGAUGCUCGCUCGCGACUUCUUGAAGGACUACGUCUUCCUUUCCGUCGGUCGUGUCGGUUCUACUUCUGAGAACAUCACUCAGAAGGUCGAGUACGUUGAGGACGUUGACAAGCGUUCCGUGCUCUUGGAUAUCCUCCACACCCACGGUGCUGGUCUCACUUUGAUUUUCGUCGAGACCAAGCGUAUGGCCGACUCUCUCUCCGACUUCCUCAUCAACCAGAACUUCCCCGCCACCUCCAUUCACGGUGACCGCACCCAGCGUGAGCGUGAGCGCGCUCUUGAGUUCUUCCGCAACGGUCGUUGCCCCAUUCUGGUUGCCACCGCCGUUGCUGCUCGUGGUCUCGAUAUUCCCAACGUCACUCACGUGGUCAACUACGACUUGCCCACCGACAUUGACGACUACGUCCACCGCAUUGGUCGUACUGGUCGUGCCGGAAACACUGGUCACUCCACUGCCUUCUUCAACCGUGGCAACCGUGGUGUCGUCCGUGACCUCAUCGAGCUUCUCAAGGAGGCCAACCAGGAGGUUCCCAGCUUCCUCGAGACCAUCGCCCGCGAGUCUUCAUACGGUGGUGGCCGUGGCGGCCGUGGUGGUCGUCCUCGUGGUGGUGGCCAGGGUGCUAACCGUGACUUCCGCAAGUUCGGUGGUGGUGGCUUCGGCGGUCCCCCCGGCGGCGGCGGCGGCGGCUUCAACAGCGGUGGUGGUGGCGGCUACGGCGGCGGCGGCGGUGGUGGUGGUUUCGGCGGUGCCCCUGGAGGUGGCUUCAGCGGCGGCGGUGGCUACUCCGGCGGCGGCGGCGGCGGAUACGGUGGCGGUGGUGGCUACGGCAACCCCAGCGGUCCCGGCGGAAACUCGUCUUGGUGGUAA